GGAGCCGAGCGCCCUCCAGUCCCCGAGGGACCCCAGCCGGCCGCGGCUCGCCAGGAUCCCGGGCGUCCUUUCCAGGCAGCUCGCGAAGAGGACGCCCCCGCCGCCUGCCCAGCCGGGAGAGCGCUCGGGUCCUCCAGGGGCCGCGCUCGCCGCUCCCUGGCCCGCCCCGCCAGGCGAGCGCCGCAGGAGGCGGCCUGCGCGCAGGACUAGCGACGGCGGCCGGGAGCGCGGCUGGACUUCGGCGCGGCUUCCCCAGGGUGAGACCCCCCUGCGCGCCCGCCGCGCGAGGAUGAGGGCGCGGCCGCAGGUCUGCCAGGCGCUGCUCUUCGCCCUGGCGCUCCAGACCGGCGUGUGCUAUGGCAUCAAGUGGCUGGCCCUGUCCAAGACCCCGGCGGCCCUGGCGCUGAACCAGACGCAGCACUGCAAGCAGCUGGAGGGCCUGGUGUCUGCGCAGGUACAGCUGUGCCGCAGCAACCUGGAGCUCAUGCACACCAUUGUGCAUGCCGCCCGCGAGGUCAUGAAGGCCUGCCGCCGGGCCUUCGCCGACAUGCGCUGGAACUGCUCCUCCAUCGAGCUCGCCCCCAACUAUCUGCUCGACCUGGAGAGAGGGACCCGGGAGUCAGCCUUCGUGUAUGCGCUGUCGGCGGCCGCCAUCAGCCACGCCAUCGCCCGGGCCUGCACCUCCGGCGACCUGCCCGGCUGCUCCUGCGGCCCCGUCCCAGGUGAGCCACCCGGGCCCGGGAACCGCUGGGGAGGAUGUGCGGACAACCUCAGCUACGGGCUCCUCAUGGGGGCCAAGUUUUCCGAUGCUCCUAUGAAGGUGAAAAAAACAGGAUCCCAAGCCAAUAAACUGAUGCGUCUACACAACAGUGAAGUGGGGAGACAGGCUCUGCGCGCCUCUCUGGAAAUGAAGUGUAAGUGCCAUGGGGUUUCUGGCUCCUGCUCCAUCCGCACCUGCUGGAAGGGGCUGCAGGAGCUUCGGGAUGUGGCCGCCGACCUCAAGACCCGCUACCUGUCGGCCACCAAGGUGGUGCACCGACCCAUGGGUACCCGCAAGCACUUGGUGCCCAAGGACCUGGACAUCCGGCCUGUGAAGGACUCGGAGCUCGUCUAUCUGCAGAGCUCUCCUGACUUCUGCAUGAAGAAUGAGAAGGUGGGCUCGCACGGGACACAGGACAGGCAGUGCAACAAGACAUCACAUGGCAGCGACAGCUGUGACCUCAUGUGCUGUGGACGCGGCUACAACCCUUACACAGACCGCGUGGUCGAGCGUUGCCACUGCAAGUACCACUGGUGCUGCUACGUCACCUGCCGCAGGUGUGAGCGCACCGUGGAGCGCUACGUCUGCAAAUGCCGAGUGUGGAAGGAGGCUUGUGCUUUGCCUCCACUUGGAAGCUGCCAGGAACAGAAGGCUGGGCCAUCAGGGAGGGAAAGCCAGGGCAUCAAAGGAGACCGACAAGAUUAAAAAUAACCUGGCAGCCCGAGGCCCCGGAGUGCCCACUUGCUGCCUUCCAGGCGGGUCUGAGGAGCCAGGGGUGUGGAUUUGGCAAGACUGGUAUGGACUUGAUCUUCCGUAGCCAGAGACACCAGCUUCCUGGGAAGUGGGAGGUCAGUCUGUCCUCAACAGAAUGUUCUGUAGGCGUAGCCCUUGAGACCCCCGGCCCACCCCAGGGUCUGAGCCUACUGGGCCCACCACAUGGAACCACUAGCUUGGGUUGUAAAUGUUUUUUUGUUUUGUUGUUCUUCCUCUGGGAUGUGGGAGCUACGGAAAUAUUUAUAAAACAUAGCUUUUUCUUUGGGGUG